AUGCCGGUGGGUACCAGCGCAACGGUGAAAGCACUUACGCCAGAAGAAGUAGCAUCUACCGGCGCGCAAAUCAUUCUUGGUAAUACCUUUCAUCUGAUGUUACAGCCCGGGACUGAAGUGGUUCAGGCGCAUGGCACGUUGCAUAAAUUUAUGAACUGGCCCGGUCCGAUCCUGACUGAUUCAGGUGGUUUCCAGGUAUGGAGCCUGGCGGACUUACGCAAACUUGAGGAGAAAGGGGUGACCUUCCGUUCUCUUAACGGCAGUAAAGUGUUUUUGGGGCCGGAAGAGUCUAUGGAUAUCCAAACCGCUCUCGGCUCGGAUAUUGUAAUGGUGUUUGAUGAAUGCACUGGGUAUCCCUCGACACGUGAGGAAGCCGAGAAAUCGAUGCGGUUGUCCGCGAGAUGGGCCCGUCGCUGCAAAGACCACUACAUCGGUGAUGGCGCACUGUUUGGCAUCGUGCAAGGCGGCAUGCAUAUCGACCUGCGACUCGAAUCGAUGGCGCAAUUGACGGCAAUUGGCUUUGAUGGUUAUGCGAUUGGCGGCUUGUCGGUCGGUGAGCCCAAAGAAGACAUGAUGAACGUGCUGGAUUGUGUUGUCCACCGGCUGCCACAAGAUCGGCCGCGAUAUCUCAUGGGAGUGGGCACACCGCAGGAUCUGGUGGCGGGGGUGAAACGUGGCGUUGAUAUGUUCGAUUGCGUUAUGCCGACGCGUAAUGCCCGAAACGGUUGGUUGUUUACCAGUGAGGGUGCGGUAAAAAUUCGCAACGCGGUCAACCGGAUGGAUACGCCGGUUGACCCCGACUGCAGCUGCUACACCUGUCAGAACUAUUCACGAUCCUAUUUACGUCAUCUUUAUCACAAGAACGAGAUUCUGGGCGCGCGGUUGUGCACUCAACACAACGUCCACUACUACCAGCGGGUAAUGCAGCGUGUGCGUGACGCGCUCGAACAAGGAGAGUUGUGCGUUUUGCCAGAAGAAUUCGUUGCGUAG